CAAGAGGAACAUCAUGGGCAUGGAGUGCGAAAAGUUGAAUAUAUUUUAGUUAAGCCUUCUAUUCUCGUUAUUGUCAGUCGGAAAUUUUACUUCAGUCCAAAAUGCCGACUCAAGUGAAGCUUGCACAGAUGGUCGAUCUGGCCCUCGGGACUCCAGAAGUUGGUGCUGUUAAUUUUAAUGUUUUACACACUCUUUUACAUGCUAUGCUGAAAAAGUUGAACAUUUUGGAUGUUCAAGCAGAAAUAAAUGAAUUUGAUCGCGACUUCCUGUCAUCCUCAAAACAGAGGCAGAUUUCGAGUUUGAGUGAUAUAGAUAGUGGUAGGGGUGAAGAUUCUGAGGAUGCAUUAAGUGAAAAGUCAACAUCAAUUAAAAGUCGGAAUAAAUCACCUUAUCACCAUUUGGAAGUCAAAGUUGCAAAAAUGUCGGAACAGUUGGAGAAGUAUGGAAACGAACUACCAACUUACAAGGAGUUAUUUGAAAGGGGUAAUAUGGAUCCAUCUUUAAAUACACCAGUAGCUGAUGUCUGGAAAUAUAUUAAAAUCCAGAAGAAAGUGGAUGCUAAUUCAGAUGGGUUGGAUGAGUUACACAACCUUGUUGAUGGAUUAAUGAAAAACAUAAAGAAACUGGAGCAGGAAAACAAAAGAUUGAAUGACAAGAUCAGUGGGUUGAAUAUCGAUGACCUCUUGAAAAGAUUGGCUGAUUUAGAAAAGAAAACAGAUGAAUUGAAUGAGAAAUUUUCUCUGCUCCCCACCCCUGAGGAGUUGGCCCAGUAUGUGACCUGGCCUGCCUUAGAGGACGCCCUUCUAGGAAUCAAAAGAGACUGGGAAAACAUGCAACCUCAGGAACGGGUCGUUGUAGAGAUAUCGUCCCAAACAGACCCUCCCUCCCGACCUGUUUCCUCCCGACCCCUGUCUCGUGUCAGCACCGCUAGUUCUGGUCCGUCAGCGGAAGUGCUGGACGUCUUGGAAAAACUAGGAAAAUUGAGCGAGAGUCACGAUGCUCUCACGAAAAGGGUAGAAGCUCUCGAGGCUGAAAUUAAGAACAAGCUUGACAAAGAUGCAUUGGAAAACCUAAAUCUAUCUGGAGACCUAUUGGAACAGCUAUCUAAACUGAAGGAAGACUUAGAUGCCCUUGCCCAGGCCAGAGAAAAGAAAUCAAUUUCUUAUCAUGGAAAAAGAAUGUCUGAUGUUUCCUUCACAAAACUACAUGCACAUGAACUACAAGACAUUGCCAUAGAUGUCUUGACUCAAAAAGUUUCCAAUCUCGAGGACAAACUCAAGAUGUUCCAAGAUAUGGUGAUGGAUGAUAGUGCCUAUCAGAGCCAAGUGUCUGAUCUUACUAACUGGUUAGAACAGCAGAAAAAUCGCCCAGAUCCUUUAGCCGAUUUAUAUGGAUCAUCAGACAGUGCCCAGAAUAUUAGCAGUGAGUCCAAGUCAGAUCAGAAAGACAGUAAGGUUGAGACUAAAUUUAGUAAAGCAGAUGCCAAAGCAAGCAAGACUGAUGACUCAGCAAAAAAGGCUGGCACCAGUGCUGAAGGAAAGCGAGGAAAAAGUGCUGAGAAAGAGAAGGCUAAGACAGACUCUGGGGAGGAGCAGAAGCCGGGGUCACCCUCCAAGAAGGAACGGUCUGAAGAAAGCAAGGAGAGGAACUGUGAGUUUGAACAAGAGAUCAUGGCCAUCUUUGAGGAAGAAUACACAGAGAUUGUUGCAGUCCAGGAAACCCCAGACCGACCAUUUUCCAGUGCUGAGUUACAACUGGCCAAUAAUAAACUGAAAAAUUUAGCUUUUGUUCUGAAUGAUCAGCUAGUCUUGGUCAGGGAUAAGAUUUUCUCCUUGGAUCAUGAAUUAAAGAGAAUGGCUAAAGGAGUAGAAUUUGCUCUCAUGAGAGCUAAAGUAGCGGGCAUGAAUGAAUUGGACAGCGAUGCCCUCAGCAGGGCUCAGCAGGCUAUUUUGCAGCUACAAGCUGAGGUGGAAAAGCUACACAGCACCACCAAGGAUAUUAUUGAAGAAAAUAACAACAGAACUCAGCAGAUAGAGAGUCUCUUCCAGCACUGUGAAAAACUACAGGAAACUAAGGCAGACAAGGAAUAUGUACAGAUGGAGGUCGAUGUUAAAGCUGACAAGAGGUCAUUGGAUAACAAAGUCAACCAUAGUCUGUUUGAUUCCACCACCAACGAAAUCAACAAGAUGAUUAAAGAUAUCCUUGACAAGUUGGCAGGUCAUGAAGAAUCUUGGAAUAGCACCAUUAAGAAGUUUGCAGAUGACAUUGAUGGCAAACUUGAUAGACUAGAGUUAGAUCCCCUGAAAGAAUGGCUGGAGAGUAGGCUGAAGGCCCUUAAUGACAAGCUACGUCGGCAGCAGGCACAAGUGGAAUGGACCGAGGAUGAUGCAGCAGGCAUAAGAAAGCAGUUGAUUCAGCGAUUCCACUGCAUUAGCUGCGAUCGUCCCGUAGAUCUGGUGCCAACAGGUCCUGUGCCUUCCCUCCCCACCACCAAUGGCCUGCCACCUACAAGGUCACCACGCCCCUACACCACUUUCGAGCUGGACCAGAUAAGACAACACGCAAAGAGGGGACCCAGAAACAACAUCAAUUUUGAGCGAGCAUUAGCUGAAAAACAGUUGGCUCGCAUGCGCAAGGCCGAUUUGAAAGCGUUUCUUGUUCACUUUGGUCGAGACCUUGAGGCAUAUCGAGAACAGAGAGAGGAAGCAGCUCGAGCUGCUUUCGCUGGAAACAGUGGUGAAGUGACUGACUAUUACGCCACCACGAGAGCAUGUGGAGGAAGCCACACCACCACGUUCCCCAACAAGAGGAUCACGCGCCUCUCUCAUCUCAGUCAUCUAUUCAGGGAAGAAGAUGGCAAUGUUUUCCCCAUCUACAAGGAGGAGGUAGAUGUACAGGGAGCUGAUGGUCAUAUCUACAAAGGAAGAAUGGGGGCCAAACUAGAGGCCAGACUGCCCUCUGUCACUCAGGAAUAUGGGUAUAAAGAUAUGCCCCAGGCCUAUAUGAUGGAUCGAUCCCGCUCUCCAAUCCCAGUGCCUGUAUCCCAUAGGAAGACAACUGUAUCCCCACCCCCGGGGCAUAGGGUCAUGCAUACACCACAGAGACCCACAUCAGCCCGGGCCUCUCCUAGGAGAUCAACCAGUCGCUGUGAUUCUCGUCCCCAGUCAGCUCACCCCCAGAACACCAGGGGAGAUGACGCUGAGGAAUCCUCCCACACAACCCCCGCCCCUGACGAGUCAGCCCAAUCCACAGAGGCAAUCGAGGUUCCAGUCCAAGGAGAUGCAUAGAUUCCAACUUAUAUCUCUAGAUAGCAGUGUUAUAUUAUUUUUGUUAGAAGUUUUCUCCUCUCUGUUGUAUAUACAUAAAGUACUUUUCCAAAUGAAAAGUUUUUUUUAGGGUGACAAAAAAAACUUCUGUAAAGGAAAACAGCUACAGCAAAUGAAAUUCAAGAACCAAAGCCACAUUUAUAGAAAUUUAGUACAGUUCACCAUAAGGCACAAAACAGGGGGCAAGACAUAGUGGCAUUUUGUAAAAGUAUAUUCAUUUUUUGUGUAUUUGUAUGCACCACUUUCACUAUGUGCAAUUUGUAAAUAUUCUAGCCAUGUUAAUUUAUUACUGGUAUAUGACAGCAUUUGAAAUUUUGUAUUUUUUCUCAGUGUAAAAAGGAGAUAAAUUUGUGAUAAAAAUUUUUGUGCAGGGUUGAAUUCUGCAAUAGAAUUAUUUUCUAUAUUACAUUUAAUGUUCACAAUAUAGAAUACUUGUAAUUGCACAUCUAAACUGUAUUGUUAAGCAUGUCAUAUUGUUAAAUAUUUCUAGUGAUUUAGUUUUUAUAUAAUAAUUAAAUUCUUUGUUUGAUUUCUCUGUUGUUGAAUGCAAUACAUGUGUUGUUUCCUAGUGAAGAUCCAGUCAUUUGUAUUUUUUUUAGUCCACAAAAUUGAUUUGAAUUGAAAAUGGAUCGAGAAAAAAAGCCUGUGAUAUUGUUUUUUAUACACUUUUAGUUAGAUAUUUUGGAGAUAUUUCCUAUACACUGUUUUAUUUAAAUCCAUUAUUUUAAUUGAAAAUUUGUAACAAGAAUUCCAUUUUUCUCUCGGGGGGGAACAUGUUAUCUUUUUUCGCUCAAUAUUUCAUUGGUGCUGUAGAGUAAAAUAAAAAAAAUCCUAUAUACGUAAGUGUGAAACAGUUUUCUUAUUGGCAUGCUCAAACUUUAUUUUUCCCUUGUACCGAGUACCAAUAUAAUAUUCCUAAUAUCAUAUACAUUUUUCUUAAAAUAAAAAAUUGUAUUCAAAUUUAAUUUUAUACAUUUCUUUUAUGCCUGGCAUUUGAAAAUAUAUCAUUUAACUUAAUUUUGUCAAAUGAAUGUGUGGAAUAGAAAAAAAAAAAAACUGUCAUUAUAUAUUUUGUUUUAGAAUCAGAUGAAUUCUCAGAAUCGGAUAAUUAAUUAAUCAAAAUUAAAAUUUUGUUGUAUUAAUCAAAUGUACUUAAUAUGCACCUAGAUUGAAGAGUGUCUCAGUGAUUCCGUCCAAAAUGUAGACUCAAAAUGUGCACAAGCAGUAUUGAACAGUAUUUAUACAUCUUCAGUCUUUGUUGAUCUAUAUUCUGCUAAUAAAAAAAAUUAUUUCUAAAA